CUUGAGAAGAAGUCUAUGGUGCGCUGUGUCGCCUCGGGUCGAGAUCGGCGCUCUGAUGGUGGGCGGGACAGUGGGUCCAGACGGCAGGCCUCCCUGAGCGCCGCCGGCGGCGGACUGGCCGCGCUGCUGGUCGGCCUCUCGGAGCGGUCCGGCGAGCGGUCGGAUCCGGCGCCGCCGGGCCCGCUGCGCCGGCUGCUGGCCGCCCUCCUGCCGUCUGUCUCCGCCGCCAAGGGUCUGGGCACGGACCCGAACGACACGGCCGGGAAGGGCGGCGCCCCGGCUUCCUCCCGGCGCCAACAGUACAGCUUCAUCGCUGACGUGGUGGACAAGACGGCGCCGGCGCUCGUCUACAUCGAGAUCAAGGAUAUGCGACGGAGAGGGAUGUUCGGUGGUCCGGCCACCGCCUCCAACGGCUCCGGUUUCAUCGUCAACUCGGACGGCCUCAUCAUGACGAACGCCCAUGUCGUGGUUAACACGCCUCACAGUACCGUCCAGGUGCGACUGCACGAUGGCAGAACGUUCAAGGGCACCGUCGAGUCGGUGGAUAUCGGCUCAGACCUGGCCACCGUCCGGAUCCCGGCGAAGAACCUUCCGACGCUGAGGCUGGGCGUCUCGAACGACCUGCGUCUGGGGGAGUGGGUGGUGGCCCUGGGCUCGCCGCUCGGCCUCUCCAACACCAUCACGGCAGGUGUUGUAUCGGCGGUGAACCGGCCCAGUGCCGAGCUCGGUCUCCACGGGAAGGACAUGCAGUACAUUCAGACGGACGCCGCCAUCACGUUCGGCAACUCUGGCGGGCCGCUGGUGAACCUCGACGGCGAGGUGAUCGGCAUCAACGCCAUGAAGGUCACCUCCGGCAUAUCGUUCGCCAUUCCGAUCGACUACGCCAAGCUGUUCCUGGCCAGGGCGGACGAGGGCAAAAUCAGGCAGCGUCCGGCGCUGUCACCCGGCGGCCGGCGGUACCUGGGCAUCACCAUGCUGACGCUGACGCCGGCCAUCAUCCAGGAGCUGAUGCUGCGCCAGCCAGACUUCCCGCAGGACCUGACGCACGGCGUGCUCGUCUGGAAACUGGUCGUAGGCUCUCCGGCACAUGCGUGCGGCCUGAAGCCGGGCGAUGUGAUCACGCACAUAAACGACCAGCCGAUCCGGGCGGCAGCGGACGUGUACCGCCUGCUGGACGGGUCCGACCAGCUGGUGGUGACCGUGCGGAGACACUCGGAGACGCGCCGACUGCGGGUGGCCCCAGAGCCCGCCGCCUGAGGGCCAGGGCAGAGUGUUUGGGGGACUGUGACCGGGGAGGGGCGGUGGAAAGGUGACGGAGGACGGCCAGAUUGACUUCCGUCACAAAGCGACGUGAACUCGCACGUGAGUCGGCCGCCAGCCAUGCCCCCAGUGGUGUGCCUGGGAGUCGAUCGAGCAGAGGGCGCCAGCGAGGCUAGGAUGAGUGUUCUCCAUUUUUCUGCCGGCUGAGAAGAUCGAAGGCUAAUGCUGUGCCUUGAACGUCUGACGGCGCAGCUUUCAGGGAUGGAGUGGCAAAGCUGUGUGGUAAUAUGCCGUACUUAAGGGUUCGGCUCCGUGUGAUACCAUUGUGUGAUAGGUCUGACAUCGAAUUGACCGAGUAGUCGAUUCUUCCCCGACUGCAAUUACAGCUCGUCUGCCAGCUAUGCGAGUGUUUGGAGACGCAAUGUAGAUUUAUCGGAAAGUGUUCACACAAUGAACUGUGCAAAUAAUAAAACAAAAUGUGCAAUA